GUUAAGACCGCGAAGACCACUCUUGCGUGUUAGCCAGUGAUCACACACACACACACACACAAACAAACAGCGUCUUCUCGUCGUCAGCUCGGGGUCCUCAAGGAUGCUGAUGAAGAUAUGCCUCCUGCUGACGCUUCUCCUGGGGGUAGCGUCAGCACAGGUGGUCACUGAUAGAGCAGAAUGUCGUGUUUGCGGCGCCGGGUGCCAGUCGGUGCCCCGGUCGGACACCUCAUGCCCGAUCUGCAUCUGCGACGGCGUGGCGCUUCCUGACUGCCCUCUGCAAGGCCUUUGUCCCCCGGGGUGCAGGGAUGCCCGAGACAGUGACGGAUGCCGCCGCUGUGACUGCCAGCGCCCCGAUACCCAGGUGUGCCCUGCCCUCCCUCCGUGCCCCGAGGAGUGUCAGAGGAUUCAGGGCGUCGACGGGUGCCCGACGUGCGUCUGCGGAGAUGAAGGGACCCGCGUGUGCCCUGCCGUGGCGUGCCCGAGGGACUGCUCCUUGGAGAUCGGCGCGGACGGGUGCCAGAGGUGCCAGUGCGAGCGCCCCGGGUUCUGCCCCGCCCUACGUCCCUGCCUGAGGGGCUGCAUCGAGCGGGACGUCGAGGCCGACUGCUUCUCCUGCAACUGCUCGCUGCCUGACGAAGGCGCACUCCCUGGUGGCGAAGGCCCCUUCGGCCGGCCGGAGCCCUUUGGCCCGGAGCCUUUCGGUCCUGGCCUCUUGGGUCCAGGACCUCUAAACCCCUUGGGGCCCCUUGGGGGGAGGAGGCCUUUCGACAGCCCUUUCGACAGGCCUUUCGGCAGACCCUUCGGCAGGCGUCCCCCCUUCCUGGGUGGCCCCUCCCGGCCAUUCCCUCGGUGCCCCAACCAGCCCCGCAGCUGCCCCCGCGGCUGCCGCAUGUCCAUCACCGCCGAGGGCUGCCGCCAGUGCAUGUGCGGCGAUGAUGCCUUCCUGUGCCCUGGCGUCCCGAGGUGUCGGAACCGCUGCCUCUUCCUCAGCCCCGAAGACCGCUGCUGCCGCUGCGAGUGCCCGAACCAGCGCCCCCGCGGCCGCCCCAGCAUCCGGAUCGAGCCCCUGAUCGGGUCCCUCGGGCCCUUCAGGCCCAACGUGCUCAGGAUUGGCAUUCUGAGGCUAGAGCCCUCGGGAGCGCCCGGGAACGUGGCUCCAGGAGACGUCGAGGUCAUAGGUCGUAACCCCACGCCGCCGUUUGCCGAGCGACCUGAGCAGCCAGCAGGAGCUCCCAGGCAACCGGCUGGAGCUCCCAGGCAACCGGCUGAAGCUCCUAGGCAACCAGCUGGAGCUCCCAGGCAACCGGCUGAAGCUCCCAGGCAACCGGCUGAAGCUCCUAGGCAACCGGCUGGAGCUCCUAGGCAACCAGCUGGAGCUCCCAGGCAACCGGCUGAAGCUCCCAGGCAACCGGCUGAAGCUCCCAGACAACCAGCUGGAGCUCCCAGGCAACCAGCUGGAGCUCCCGUGCAGCCAUCUGAGGAACCCACACAACGAGAUCGAUUUCCAACUCGGCCAGAAGCAAAUCAACCCGAUGCAGCUCCAGAGCAGCCGGCCGAACUCCCAGCUCAAGCUCCACCAGCUGAAGGUCCCAUGCAGCCAGAAACAGCUCCUGCACAACCAGCUGAAGAUCCCAUGAGGCCAGACGCAGCUCCAGCUCCACCAGCUGAGGAUCCCAUGACGCCAGACGCAGCUCCUGCACAAUCAGCUGAAGAUCCCAUGAGGCCAGACGCAGCUCCAGCUCCACCAGCUGAGGAUCCCAUGACGCCAGACGCAGCUCCUGCACAACCAGCUGAAGAUCCCAUGAGGCCAGACGCAGCUCCAGCUCCACCAGCUGAAGGAUCCCAUGCAGCCAGAACCAGCUCCUGCACAACCAGCUGAAGACCCCGUGC